AUGAGCAGUGGCGCCAGCCGCGCCACUCGAACGGGCAGCCUCGGCAGCGCCCAGCCCCAAAUACAAACUGUCGGCACCCUCCUAGCGGCCAUCGCCAACUGCUUAACCGACGCCCUACGCAUCUUCACCUUUGCCGACAAGCAGCAAUGGGGGCCCGACGAAUUCGAGCAGGUCCGCGCGCUCGAGGCGACACUCAAUGAGGCCAAGAAGGACUUCCAGGAGAUGGCGCCGCUCGUGCAUGGGAGUUUCUACUACGAGAACGAUCGUACCCCCGACUCUCUCCACCGUCUGCAAUCCCUUCUCGCCCGCUUCCAGUUCCACACACAAAACUUCCGCGAUUGGGCCCGCCAAGGUGGUCCCAUCAACCCAACAUGGGCGCGAGACACCGUACACCUCCGCCGCGAUCUGCACCGCGCCCAAUGCCGUGCGGCAAGCCGGAUUUUUGCCGCGCUGGUUGUUGCCGGAGGUGAUCUUGGGGGUGCCCGCUGUUUGGGUGCUUUCCAAGUGUACCGGCGGCUCAAACGGCGUGAAGCAGAGCGGGCAGAGCGGGCGGAGAAGGCGCGUCAGGAGCGAGAGGAGAGGAAGAAGAUAGUCGUGCCGGCGUGGCGGGGAAGUGUGAAUGGGAACGGGCCCGAGUAUGGAGUCGGGAUGGAAGCGGCACGGCAACCGGGGGAUUUGGUUGGUUCCACGCUCGACAGUCCGCGCGUCGGAAGAGGAAAGGGCCAAAACGCGUGGGGGGACGGGGAAGGCGACGACGAGGACGCUGAUCCGGGGAAACGUCGCAGCCUGGAGGAACUGGCCCCAACCUGCAAUGAGGUCGGCCGAUUCCAAAUCUUUGGCGCCGAGUCCCACGACGCGGUUUUCAUCUGCGACUUCUGCGAUGGCCACAUUGUAUGGCCCGAUCUACAAAGCGUGCCCUCCGAGCGCUCCCCAUUACCACCCACCGCCGUAACCGGCUAUCCACGCUGGCAAGCCCAAGGAAUCAGCGCUGAGGACGGCGAACAAAAAACAGUUGUGUUCGCCCCCCUCGCUAUCGCAAACCACACACCACCCGAGCCAGGCGAGUGGCAGGCCGGGUUAUUGUGUCCCUACUGCGAGGAAGCAACGUAUCUGGACCAAGGGGAAGACAGUUCCGAACUACGAUACGUGUCAGACGGGGACGGGUGGUUUGCUGACCUGGAAGCGUUUCGGGCGCAUCUCGAGUGGUACCACACGGCGUUGCCAGUGCCUCCGCUCUCGUCGAUUGCGUCAGCGGCGACGUCGAAUUGUAGUGUUAUGUAA